AUGGUCGACAGCGGCAGCAGCCUCGCCUCCCUCUGCACUCAGGAGGAGAUCUGCAUCAUCGCACUGGGGCUGCCUCCCGCCCCUGCCAAAAGCCGGCAACUGCUCCCGGGUGAACAGCAGCUGCUGCCCCAGGAGGGCUGCCUGCGGCUGAUGCCACGUGGGAGGCUGAGCCAUCGGGGCCAACCUGGCUCCCAGUUGGAAGGGUAA